AUGCACCACCACCACUCUGACAUGUUACCUGUUGCCAUGAUCAUCGCCACGUUAGUGGGCUUGGCUACUUCAAAACCAUCAAUACAUUUGGAAAACCACUUUUCCAUGGAGAACGAAUCUGAAGAAGUGCGUUCAGCUGCUAUCAAGAGGCUCCUGGAGGUUUUUGGUAUGGAGGUCCCUCCUCUCCUCCGGGGCGAUAAGCAGUCGCCUCAGUACAUGCUCGACCUGUACAACACAGUCGCAGAUGUGGACGGUGUUACCAAGGAUUCCUACCUUCUGGAGGGGAAUACAGUUCGCAGUUUCUUCGACAAACUGCACAAUGAACAAGUGGAGUUCCUGUUCAACUUAUCCACAGUGGCCAGGAGUGAGAAGGUUCUAACUGCUGAGUUACAUAUCUUCAAACUGCAGCCCCAGGCCUCCACAGCAUUCAACAGACAUCACUUCUGUCAGGUCAGUGUCUACCAGCUCAUGGAUUGCAGCAAAAUGAACAUAACUCAGGGGAAGAAGCUGUUGUCUUCUAGACUGAUCCCUGUCCACUCCACUGGCUGGGAGGUGUUUACCAUCACACAAGCUGUUAGUUCCUGGAUGGUUGAAGAAGGCAGUAACCUGGGUCUGCUGGUGACAGUGCAGACCCUGGGAGGAAGCCAGAUGGAUCAGAAGGUGGUUCGUUUCGCUUCAGAAAGGAACCAUCACCAAAGCAAGCAGCCCAUGCUGGUGCUGUUCACUGAUGAUGGCUGCCGUGCUGCUGCUCUGGAGAACACACUCAACGGUAGCCCUUGCUCUCCCCAGCCUGCCUGCCAUCCCCGUCCUGCCAAGCCUCCUCAACGCCCAGGCCCCCACCGCAGUGCACGUUCCCUGGACUACGAGGAUGGGGAGAAGAUUACAUGCCAGCGCCUAGCCCUCCACGUGGACUUUGAGGAGAUUGGAUGGUCUGGGUGGAUCGUGUCACCUCGGGGGUACAAUGCCUACCACUGUAAGGGCUCCUGUCCCUUCCCCCUGGGCCAGAACAUGAGGCCCACUAACCACGCCACUGUUCAGUCCAUCAUCAACGCUCUGAAGCUGACUAAAGGCAUUGCGACGCCAUGCUGUAUGCCUGACAAGUUCUUCUCCAUCAACCUCCUCUACUUUGAUGAUGACGAGAAUGUGGUGCUGAAGCAGUAUGAUGACAUGGUGGCAGGAAGCUGCGGCUGUCACUGA